CACACUCGUUAUUUAUAAAAAGGGAAAUCAAAGGCGAUAUAACGACCAGGGCCGGACUUAAUAUAACAACCAUCACAUAAAUUCACAUAAAAAUGCCUCUAGAAGACAUCGUCGUUUAUUUGGAAAGUUACGGAGGAAGGGACAGAGUCAUGAGACUCCUGUAUUAUUCGGCUCAGUACAUUUCAGGAGUGUCGAGGUGGGAAUCACUCAAUCACAAGCUGAACGUGUUCAGCGACCAGAUAAACUCAUGCCGUACGGUUUUGAGGCUCUUUGACGAUGUUCCGAUGCUGAGUUAUACCCUCUCAUACGGCCUAGGGCAUAGUGAGGCCUGGGAACCUAGAGCUAUUCUGAGGAUUCUUGGUGUAAUGAUAAAUAUUUUAGACCAACUUUAUUACCCCCUAGAGCACAUAGCAUGGGCAGCUGAUUGCAAACUGAUAUCGAUAAGAAGCAGCCCUUGGUGGACAGCAAGCAGCUUUUGCUGGGCUUUGUCUAUGUGUUUAAUGAUGGUGAAAUCGUUAUUACAAAGUAGGUUUCUGUCAUCGCUUAAACAAUUAGCCAGUUCCUUGGAUAAAAAUCACUGGACUAGGAAACUGAAUGUACCUUUUUAUGACCUUGUUUCUCAUUCCCAAUUGAACAAAUCUGUAACUGCCACUCGUUGUUUCUUGGACUUUGUUCAUGCAGUCCACUGGCUGCCGAGUGGUGUACUUUGGGCGGGCAAGCUCAAACAGUGGCAGACUGGGGCUCUUGGAAUACUCUCUUCUUUGCUCAGCAUUUACCAGUCGUUGUGCAAAUAAAUUUCAGAAGACUGGUCAC